AUGUUGCUACUCUUCGGACGCGCUGUUCCGCUGCUUUUCACGCGUACAGUCACCAGCUAUUGUCCAUCCGCACUGCCGAAACCCAACUUCAUCAAUUCCGUGUUUAUAAAAAUCGCAAAGAUAAACGGCGCUACUACACACAGUUCCUCGUUCAGCAGCGCAAGCGGCCAAAAUACAGGAACCAUGCCCGAAAGAAGGCCCUUCGUGCGGUUACCUACUGACGUUUGCCCCGUAAACUAUGGGUUGUGUCUGAAGCCAGAUCUGAUCGACUUCACCUUUGACGGCAAGCUGGAGGCACAAGUGGAGGUCAUACAGGCUACAAAUCAGAUCGUGAUGAACUGCGCUGACAUUGACAUUAUCACAGCUUCCUUCGUACCAGAAGGAGCAGAUGAAAUCAAUGCCACAGGCUUCAACUAUCAAAACGAGGAUGAAAAAGUCACCCUGUCGUUUCCAAGUUCCCUACAGAAAGGCUCUGGGACGUUGAAGGUUGAAUUUGUGGGGGAACUGAACGACAAAAUGAAAGGAUUCUAUAGAAGUAAAUAUACAACGGCUGCUGGAGAGACCCGGUAUGCAGCCGUCACACAGUUUGAGGCCACUGAUGCCCGCAGAGCUUUUCCCUGUUGGGACGAGCCCGCCAUUAAAGCCACCUUUGACAUCACUCUGAUAGUUCCCAAGGACAGAGUCGCCUUGUCCAAUAUGGAUGUCGUUCAUCAAAAGCCAUACUCAGCUGAUGUAAACCUCGUGGAAGUAAAGUUCGGCACCACGCCCAUCAUGUCCACGUACCUCGUAGCUUUUGUGAUCGGUGAAUAUGACUUUGUGGAGACCCAGUCGUCAGAUGGCGUAAAGGUGCGCGUCUACACGCCCGUCGGGAAGGCAGAACAAGGAAAAUUUGCAUUGGAGGUUGCUUCUAAGACUUUACCGUUCUACAAAGACUACUUCAGUGUUCCUUAUCCAUUACCUAAAAUUGAUCUCAUAGCUAUUGCUGAUUUUGCUGCUGGUGCCAUGGAAAACUGGGGCCUUGUAACAUACAGGGAGACUGCACUGCUAAUCGAUCCGAAGAACUCGUGCUCGUCAUCCAGGCAGUGGGUGGCGCUAGUGGUCGGACACGAACUCGCCCACCAGUGGUUUGGAAACCUGGUUACCAUGGAAUGGUGGACUCACCUCUGGCUCAAUGAGGGGUUUGCCUCCUGGAUUGAGUACCUGUGUGUGGAUCACUGCUUCCCAGAGUAUGACAUCUGGACCCAGUUUGUCUCAGCUGAUUACACCCGGGCUCUGGACUUGGACGCGCUGGACAGCAGCCACCCCAUAGAGGUGAACGUGGGCCAUCCAUCAGAGGUAGAUGAAAUAUUUGAUGCCAUUUCCUACAGCAAAGGAGCGUCUGUGAUUCGCAUGUUGCACAACUACAUUGGAGACGAGGACUUUAGGAAAGGAAUGAAUUCCUAUCUUUUAAAGUUCCAACAUAAAAAUGCAUCAACAGAGGACCUCUGGGAUUGUCUGGAACAGGCGAGUGGGAAACCCAUUGCUGCAGUGAUGAGUUCAUGGACGAAGCAAAUGGGCUUCCCAAUCAUCGUAGUUGACCAGGAACAGCAGGGUGAUAACCGAAUCCUUAAACUAUCGCAGAAGAAGUUCUGUGCCAGCGGGCCACAUAAUGGUGAGGAUUGCCCCAGCUGGAUGGUGCCUAUUAGUAUUUGUACUAGUGAGGACCCCAAAUGCUCCAAACUCAGGAUUUUGCUGGAAAAAUCUGAGACGACUGUGACUCUUGAUGGCGUCGGUCCGGAUCAGUGGAUCAAGAUCAACCCUGGAACUGUUGGCUUUUACCGGAUCCAGUACAGCUCGUCCAUGUUGGAGAGCCUGCUGCCGGGAGUCAGAGACCUCAGCCUGCAGCCUGUGGACCGACUCGGCCUGCAGAAUGACCUAUUCUCCCUCUCUCGUGCAGGAAUGAUCAGCACAGUGGAGGUGCUGAAGCUGAUGGAGGCGUUCGUCAACGAGCCGAACUACACCGUUUGGAGCGACCUGAGCUGCAACCUGGGAGUGCUGUCAUCGCUGCUGUCUCACACGGAGUUUCACGACGACAUCCUGGAGUUCAUCAGGGACCUCUUCGCCCCGAUCGGCACCAAGCUGGGCUGGGACAGCAAGCCAGGCGAAGGCCAUCUGGACGCCCUGCUGAGAGGCCUGGUUUUGGGGAAACUGGGCAAGGCGGGACACAAACCCACACUGGAGGAGGCCAGACGGAGAUUCAAGGAGCAUGUGGAGGCGAAGCAGGUUCUGCCUGCAGACCUGAGGAGCCCGGUGUAUCUAACAGUGCUGAAGCACGGAGACGCCGCCACAUUGGACACGAUGCUGAAGCUCCAUAAACAAGCCGACAUGCAGGAGGAGAAAAAUCGCAUCGAGAGAGUUCUCGGCGCCAUCUCGGCUCCCGAUCUAAUCCAGAAAGUCCUCAGCUUCGCUCUCUCGGAAGAGGUUCGUCCCCAGGACACGGUGUCUGUAAUCGGAGGGGUGGCAGGAAGCAGUAAGCAAGGCCGGAAAGCUGCCUGGAAAUUUGUCAGGGACAACUGGGAGGAGCUUUACAACCGCUACCAAGGAGGCUUCCUUAUAUCACGCCUCAUCAAGCUCACAGUCGACGGUUUUGCAAUUGAUAAAAUGGCCACUGAAGUCAAGAGUUUCUUUGAGAGCCACCCUGCGCCGGCCGCUGAGCGCACCGUGCAGCAGUGCUGCGAGAACAUCCUCCUGAACGCCGCCUGGCUGAAGCGCGACGCGGACGACAUCCACCAGUAUCUACUGCAGCGCAAGGCGCCCCCCGUCUGAGCCGCCCGCCUGCUGCAUGCGCUCCCCAUUCCUCCCUCCAUCCCCGCUUCUUCUCCUCCCAUCAUCAUAGCUGUCUCGCCCACGUCCCGGGACUUUAUAUCAGACGGGGAGACACGAGUAACUCCUAGCUUCCUUACUCUGAACUGUAUAAAAGAAGAAGAAGACAAAGCCAAGGAUUGAACGGAGCUUCUGUUUUUGUUUUUUGUUUGUUUUUGGAGGCUGAGAGGAGUUGAUUUUAAUGAGAAAAGUCCAUUUAAUCAGACCAGGAAUGUAGGUUUGCUCCCAGUCUGUCCAUGACCAGAGGACCUAUCCAUCGUCAUCCGUCGGUGUGCAACGCUACUAAAGCUGUGCAGAUGCAACAGAACCCGGCCGGUCCAGAACCCGCUUCACGUGCCCCAAUAUGCACACCUUCAUCCAUCCCUCCCUCAUAGCUGAGAAAACUGUGAACCCAACUCCUUCUGCAUGAAGUGUCAUUUUUCAGCUUUGAUUACUUCUGUUUCCCAUUUGUUUCUUCUUUAUGGAAACUGAUGACUUCAGUUUCUUUUUUACUUUUUCUUCCUCAUUCUGUCUUCUCUUCCUCCUCUUUCGGGCACUGUGAUUGGGUGAAAACCGAGCGCGUCUGGACAGGGGAGCUUCUUAACACUAGUGUGUGUUGUAGUUUCCAACAGCACUGAUUCUUCACUGCUAAUAAAUUGUUAGGACAGGGGCAAGCAGCGCUAGCAUGGUACUAUAUUGUAAACUGUUUAAUGCAAGCAUUUUUUCUUAUAUUCUUUUAAAAGAAAUAAUGAAACUAUUCAUAAAUCAUGUCUCCACCCUCCCUUCAUGCACCUAAAUCGGUUUGUAUAGUUGGAGUCGAAGAAAAAAAAUAUUUAAUCGUGUUUCUCUAUCCGCUUCCAGCCAUUAAAUGACGAUUCAGGAGUUUUUUUUAUAAGACAACAGAUGCAGUGAUUUAUUUAAGUGUUUAGAUUGUCUUUAUUCCAGAAAAAAAUAAGAAUAGCAACAUUUAUGUUGUCUUUUCUUCUGAAGGGACACCAGGAAACUCGGAGGUGUCUUGAUGGGACGGAUUGAUUUCCAGUUUAACUGUCAAACUGGGCAGCCUUAAAGCAGCCAAUUGGUUUGCAGUAAAUAUUAAACCCUAAUGUGGAGAUAAUGGGUGACUUCCAAUCAGCAUAAACUGUAUCCAACAUGGCAGGAUCUGCAGACUUGUUAAAAAAAAAUAUAUCUAUAUAAAAUUUC